AUGGUCUCAGGCUCAGCCUCCUCUGCCCACUCAACCCGCAGGCCCAUCCCAGAGAGCGCUCAGUCAGAAUCCCAAAGCAGCGCGGCAGCGCCCCCAUGUGGCCACAAGCAGCAGGACAGAGGACCCGAUCCCCUCCCUCCCCAGCCAGGACCUCCCAGGCUCCCGCUUUGCUCCCAGCACCUGGACUGGGCUCUGCACACAAGGAAGCCUCCUGGUCUCGAGUCAGGCGCUGAGUCCAUCCAACUUCCCAAAAUCCAUGUCAACACUGACGUUUCCUCCCACCACUGCGUGACUCUGGAUUUUGGCCUCAAAGAAGCGAUACCUCCAGGCCAAAACAGUAGGAUCAGGCGGGGCCGGGGCGGGGCCGCGGCCCGGGGUCUGCAGGUUCUGGGCUGGAGCGCUCCAGCCGCUGGUCCCCUGGAAACCCUGCGCCCCCAAAUCGCGGUUCGCCGCGCGCUGCAGAAGCCAGUCACCUUUGAGGAUGUGGCAGUGAAUUUCACCCAGGAAGAGUGGGACUGCCUAGAUGCCAGCCAGAGGGUCCUUUACCAGGAUGUUAUGUCGGAAACCUUUAAGAACCUAGCAUCUGUGGCCAGAAUGUUUCUGCAUAAGCCAGAGCUAAUCACCAAGCUUGAGCAACAAGAGAAACAGUGGAGAGUGUUUCUCCAUCUCCCAAACACGGAAGGCCUUUCAGAAGGCAGGAAGAAAGAGCUUCAAGAACAAGAUCCCAGUCUGAGAGAUGAGGGGACCAGUGAGGACAAGGUCUUCCUUGCAUGCAGAGGGGCCCUCUCUGCCCCAGCUGGGUCUAUGGACAGGACCCGGGUGCUUCAAGCAUCACGGGGUGGGCCACCUUUUUUUUGCCACACCUGUGGCAAGUGUUUCAGUAGGCGCUCCUACCUCUAUAGCCACCAGUUUGUUCACAAUCCCAAGCGGACUAAUAGCUGCAGCCAGUGUGGGAAGCUGUUUCGGAGUCCCAAGUCCCUCAGCUAUCACAGACGCAUGCAUCUUGGGGAGAGGCCCUUCUGUUGCACGCUCUGUGACAAGACCUACUGUGAUGCUUCCGGACUAAGUCGUCACCGCCGCGUCCAUCUGGGUUAUCGGCCCCAUUCAUGUUCCGUGUGUGGCAAGAGCUUCCGCGACCAGUCUGAGCUCAAACGCCACCAGAGGGUACACCAAAACCAGGAGCCAGUGGAUGGAAACCAAGAGUGUACUUUGAGGACUCCAGGCACCCCUGCUGAAUUCCAGACACCCAUCGCCAGAAGCCAGAGGUCCAUCCAGGGGCUUGUGGAUGUGGACCAUGCACCAGGGCCCAGGUCCCAGGAAUCCACAUUUAGAACUGAGGGCCCUAUGGUCCAGAACCAGCCAUCUAUGCUGAAGAACCAAGCGCCUGUGCCCAGAACCCAGGCACCAAUCACUGGAACCCCCUGUCAGGAUGACAGAUCCAGUUCUCAUCCAGUGAAGCCCUCAAGACUCCAUGUCUUCUCUUGCUCCCAUUGUCCUUUGACUUUUAGCAAGAAGUCCUCUCUCCACAGCCACCAGAAGACCCACCUCACAGAGCCACCCAACUAUUGCUUCCAUUGUGGCAAGUCUUCCAGCUCAUUAUCCAAGCUGGUCAGACACCAGCAGCAGACCCACUGGAAGCAGAAGAGCUACCGUUGCCCUAUCUGCGACCUCUGCUUUAGGGAGAAAGAGGGCCUUAUGGGUCACUGGAGGGGCUCUAAAGGCAAGGAACUGUGCCCGGACAUUUACGGUGGCUACCGUAAAUGCCGGGUGAUCUUGGGCCAGUGGCUUGGCUUCUCUCAUGAUGCCCUCACUGUGGCUGGGGAGGAAUGGAAGCAUGGAGGUGAUGGGUCUCCCCGGAUCUAUACCCCCAGGAGAAGAGGCUUAAGGGAGAGGGCAUGCAAAGGAGACAAAACAAAGGAGGCAGUGAGCAUCUUGAAACAUAAAUAAAUGGCAUUUCUGCCUGAGA